GGCAACCAGGAGAAGCCAAACUUGCUCAUCCCUCCCCAACCGCGAAGGGGUUUAAAAGAGGGUGGAUGGACUGUGUGUUGCCUUCAUGGCGCUCUACGAGUUCUUCUCUCAACCAGUCGAGCGCAGCUACCGCGCGGGACUCUGCUCCAAGGCCGCAGUGUUCCUGCUGUUGGCCACCGCGCUCACAUACAUCCCGCCGCUGCUGGUGGCCUUCCGGAGCCAUGGGUUCUGGCUGAAGAGGAGCAGCUACGAAGAGCAGCCCACCAUUCGCUUCCAGCACCAGGUGUUGUUCCUGGCCUUGCUGGGACCGGAGCGCGGCGGGUUCCUGGCCUGGAGCACGUUCCCCGCCUUCAACCGGCUGCAAGGGGAUCACCUGCGCAUCCCACUCGUUUCGACUAGAGAAGAAGACAGGAACCAGGAUGGGAAAAUGGACAUGCUACAUUUUAAGCUGGAGCUUCCACUGCAGUCCACGGAGCAUGUUCUUGGUGUGCAACUCAUCUUGACUUUCUCCUACCAAUUGCACAGGAUGUCUACGUUCGUGAUGCAGAGCAUGGCAUUUCUCCAGUCCUCCUUCGCUCUUCCAGGGUCCCAGCUAUACGUGAAUGGAGACCUGCGGCUGCAGCAGAAGCAGCCCCUGAGCUACAGUGGCCUAGACGUGCGAUACAAUGUGUCCGUAAUCAACGGGACCAGCCCUUUUGCCUAUGACUAUGACCUCACCCACAUUGUUGCUGCCUAUCAAGAAAGGAAUGUAACCACCAUCCUGACCGACCCCAACCCCGUCUGGCUGGUGGGAAGGGCUGCCGAAGCUCCGUUUGUGAUUAACGCUGUCAUCCGAUACCCAGUAGAAGUUAUUUCUUAUCUACCUGGAUUCUGGGAAAUUAUAAAGUUUGCCUGGAUCCAGUAUGUCAGUAUCCUACUUAUCUUCCUCUGGGUGUUUGAAAGAAUCAAAAGAUUUGUGUUUCAGAAUCAAGUGGUCACCACCAUCCCGGUAACAGCAGUGCCCCAGGGAGAACUGUGUAAGGAGCACUUAUCAUAGGAAGACCAUUACUGAAACUCAGAGCAGGACCCUGGCUACCUCAUGCUGUCUCCUGAGAACUGCCAUCUGGGACACUUCUGAAAAGAGCCCCCGGACACGUAUCGGCAUGUGCGCUUUUCUUACCAGAGACAAAGAAGAGUUCUUUCUAAUUUUUCUCUACACAAAUUCUGUGUCUUCUAAGUGCCUACCGAAAUCAUCAGAGACUAGUUUCCAGAAAGGUCUGAGGGUUCCUGAAGGCUGUAAUUUGCCUCCUACUUUUUGUUUGUUUGUUUGUUUGUUUUUAAUCUUAGACUUGAAUUUCAGGAUAGACUUGAAAACUAUUAUCAGUUUAGACAUGUUGGAGAGAGUCCCAUCUCUGGUCAAGCAAAGACUUUUUCUUUCUCAAACUGAGAAAUAUGCCAUACAUUUCUCCCCCCUGUUGUAAACCAUGUUUUACUCUUUUUCUGGGCUCUCAUGACAGAUAUGCAAAUCACUAGCACUUUCUACUCUUGGGCACCGAAAUUUCCCAUUCAGAACUUUGAUUUCCAGAACUGAGAGGCCUUUAACUGGAGAAUUGGAGAAGAGGGGGGUGGAGAGAGAGAGAGUGCUCACAAACACAUGUGUGCGUGCAUGGGAGGGUGGGCAACGUGAGGACACUAGAACCAUCCACCUGCCCUCAGUCAAACAGACAUCGUCUGUCAUCAGCUUAGCUGAAAAGCUCUUUAUCCUGCCCUUAUGUGGCUGGCUCUUUGCCCUGCCUUUGCCCUCUGUCUGUGCCCCUGGAAUAGCAGGCUGAAGUCAGAAGUGCUGUUUCAUUCACAAUCCUCUAAGCAACCGUGGGGGAAGUAAGGAUUGUAACAACAGGCUUUUUCUCUCUGGCCCUCACCUAACAGCCUGGACACUUUCCACUCGUCCUUCUCAACAGCCCCUCCCCCCUCCCCCCUCCCAAAAAGGACAUGGGUGACAGAGGACCUGUUGUUGGUAUUGGCUCCCUGCCCGACAACCACAGAGUUUAUUUGGAGGGCUAGCGGGAAGCCCAGCUACCUGUAUUUCCCUUGACCACGGAACAGGGCGCCCAUCAGAGCAGGCAGCUUUGGGGAGGCCACACGGGAGCAGUGAGGGGAAUAAGAGGAUGCCAGGCCAGGCAGCCCAGCCCAGCCUGGCCAGUAGCAGAAUGACAAGCAGUGCCACCAGACAACCCUCACGACUGAGUGAGCGUCUGCAGGAGCAGAGUGCUGGAACAGGUCUUUGCUGUGCACAGAAGACUGACUCUCUGUCCUCGCCCCGAGAAAACAUGCGGCAUCCUCAAAGGACAGAUGGAUCCGCUUCAUGAUCCAGAGAUGGCAUUGGUACUGGAAAGACACACCCACUAUGACCUGUGCUUCAGGCCCAUUCAAAAACACACACUUCAGUGUGUGCCUCAGUUUACCUUGGAGAUCCAGUUCUUAUUUCUGAACUACUUUUUCUUUCAGGCUGGCCAAAAUAAGUGUUUUGGAAACAAACCUAUUUUAAGCGCACAAAUAUCCUAACACUGGCCCUUCUGAUUUUCUUUUAAAAUUUAGGGCUGCUUAUUUAUAUGUCUAAAAUAUUUUUGAGAUUUAAAUGAAAAUUGGUUGCUGAAUCUUCUGAAUUACCAAAAGGUGAUGAGAUAUGGAAAGACAGCUAAAGGUGUAUAAACAUUGCUUUGCAUUUUAUUUUCAUUCAAAAUUUGUAUAAAGAACCAUGAUGUUUUGUAACUUUCUAAUUAAAAUUAAACUGUUCAAAA